CCCUCCGCCGUUAAAGGCCCCGCAAAUAAAGUGGGCGCGGGACCGCUCCUGCCGCGCCGCGCCUCGCCGGGCUCCCCUCUCCUCCCUCCCUGCCGGCUCGGGCCCCUUCUGGGUCGCUGCUGGGGAGAUGAGGAGUGCCGGCAGCGUGAUAAAACCACGGUCCUGCCUGACAGCCACGGGCGUGCGCGCCGGCAGCCCUCAUCCGCCGGGCGCUCCCGCCCUGCCCGCCCGCCUCGCCGGCUGAAGCCACCGCCGUGUCAGCGCGGAGCCGGGAAAGGCACGUUUCGGCGGCGGGCGGGCAGGGGACGGGCGCUGCCGACCGGAGGGGGACGGAGAGGAACGGAGCGGGGAGGAACUUUACCCGAACUCGAGUGGGGCGGGCGGCGGCGCCCGGCCCCCCGUCAACGGCCCCGGUGCUGCCGCUGUCCGCGGUGCUGCCCCGGCCCGGGGCGCGGGCGCCCAUCCCAGCCCGACUCCUUUAAGAUGAUGCAAUCGGCAUCGCCCUCCGCGCUCCCGGCCCCGCGCCGCUGAGCAGAGCCGCGCAGCGCGGCGCAGGGGCGCGGAAGCGGCCCCACGGCCCGGCCUGGCGCAGCGGGGCGGAGCGGAGCGGGGCGGCCCCGCAGCGCCCGGGCCCCGGCGGCGGCCCCGGCGGGGAUAUGGGUGUGCCGCCGGCGGCGCUGCCCGGGUGCCCGCCGCCGCGGGAGCCGCCGGAGCUCGUCAGCCCUUAGCACAGGCUGCGGGGUUUCUGCAAGUCAUCUGCGCCGGCCAGAACGCGCACCCUGCGCUCCCCUGGCCCGCGCUCACGGCACCCCGCCGGAUUUAUUCGGGGGCUUUGUUGUGGUUUUGGUUUGUUUUUGUAGGUUGUGGGGUUUUUUUGUUGUUGUUGUUUUGUUUUUUUUCUUCUCCCCUGUUAUGCUGUAUGUAUCAGUUCCUCUCAUCACCUACCACGGUUAACUUUCCUGUGACUCGGUUUAACUCUUGAGAUCUACAUGGAUGUUUAAGAGCACUUUUCUUGCCUUUGCUGUCCCUUGCUGGGAUUGGAUUUCAUACUAACUGGACUCUGUGUGCCUGUAUGUGUGUGCUGGGUGUCUUGAAAUUUUGCUUUCCUUUACAAGAGCUAUGCAUUCAUUGUAACCAAGACCUGUGACUGACCGUAGGCUUGGCUUGACCUUGAUUUUGAUGGCUUUGUUGGAAGAUCUAAUGAUGUGAUUGCAUUUCAUGAAGUGAUUGCUCUCCAGCCUCUGUGGCUUAGGGUGUAAGCCACUUCUGCCACACUGUCACUCAUGAACAAUUCAGAUUUUUUUUGAACAAACCUUUUGGCUGUUUUCCUUUUCUCACUUCACCUUUCUCUGCCUGUUUCUCCUAAAUGUUGAGAGCCUUAUUCUACACUUCGAUGUGACUGAUAGUCCUGCUGCUUUGGGCUGCUGAUUUUUGUUUUAAAGUACAAUGGCUCUAAGUGGCAACUGCAGGACUUACCUUCCUCCUCGAGAGCAGGGGACAGGGCUGCACUCCUUCCCAGAGGUAGUGGAGCUAAAUGUGGGUGGCCAGGUUUACUUCACUCGCCACUCGACCUUGGUUGGCACCCCUCACUCACUGCUGUGGAAAAUGUUCACCCCAAAGAGAGACACAGCCAACGAUCUGGCCAAGGACUCCAAGGGAAGAUUCUUCAUUGACAGAGAUGGUUUCCUUUUCCGCUAUAUUCUGGACUAUCUCAGGGACAAGCAAGUGGUUCUGCCUGACCACUUCCCAGAGAAGGGAAGGCUCAAGAGGGAGGCUGAGUACUUCCAGCUCCCAGACUUGGUCAAACUCCUGACUCCUGAUGACAGCAAGCAAAGCCCUGAUGAUUAUUGCCACAGUGACUAUGAAGAGGUCUCCCAAGGCAGUGACACGAGAAUAUGCCCACCCUCAUCACUCUUACCACCUGAUCGGAAGUGGGGAUUCAUUACCAUUGGGUAUCGGGGGUCGUGCACUAUUGGCAGGGAGAGCCAAGCAGAUGCCAAAUUCAGGAGAGUCCCGAGGAUUUUGGUUUGUGGAAGGAUUGCUCUGGUCAAAGAGGUCUUUGGAGAAAGUUUGAAUGAAAGCAGAGACCCAGACAGGGCUCCAGAAAGGUAUACCUCCAGGUUUUAUCUCAAGUUCAAGCACCUGGAGAGGGCUUUCGACAUGUUGUCUGAGUGUGGAUUCCACAUGGUGGCCUGUAACUCCUCAGUGACAGCUUCCUUUGUCAACCAGUACACAGAUGACAAGGUCUGGUCCAGCUACACUGAAUAUGUCUUCUACCGUGAGCCUUCCCGGUGGUCCUCGUCCCACUGUGACUGCUGCUGCAAGAAUGACAAAGGCGACAAGGAGGGAGAGAGCGGCACGUCAUGCAAUGAGCUGUCGACAUCAAGCUGCGACAGCCAGUCAGAGGCCAGCUCCCCCCAGGAGACCGUCAUCUGUGGCCCUGUCACCCGCCAGCCCAACAUACAGACUCUGGACCGGCCGGCCAAGAAGGGGCCGGUGCAGCUGCUGCAACAGUCUGAGAUCCGGAGAAAGAGUGACCUGCUCCGGACUCUCACUUCUGGCUCCCGGGAGUCCAACUCCAACAAGAAAAAAGCAGUGAAGGAGAAGCUGUCCAUUGAGGAGGAGCUAGAAAAAUGUAUCCAGGAUUUCCUCAAAAUCAAAAUCCCAGACAGGUUUCCAGAAAGGAAACAUCCCUGGCAAUCUGAACUCCUGCGGAAGUACCACCUAUAGGCUCAGGGUGGGGAAAGCACACAACCUUAUUACCAUUAGAGCAAGAUUCUAAGUGAUAAAAAAAAUAAUUCCCAAUAAUAAUUAUUUGUUAGCUCACAAAAAAAAAAAAAUCCAUCUCUAUAGUACUGCCUAAUUUGCCUAUUUCACCUUAACAUUUACAGUCAUAGGGUAACAAUAUUUUUCCAGUCAUGGAAGCACAAUGACAAACGCUUUUAUUCGUAAACUCUGAGUCUUACACAAGCUGAAUACCUUAAGGGCACAACCAUACCAACAAGAGAUGCUCAUAUGCGGAUGCUGCUGAUGCCGGUGGGAACAUGGCACGUGAGCAGUCAGUGUCCAGGGGUGUCUGUGGACUGCAUGCCUUCUGUGUUCUCCUUGUAGUGAGUUUGUUUGGAGGGGCAUACACAGCUCAAAGAAACAAGCUAUGCCAUGACAGUUUACCUUAAGCAUGUGUAUAUAUAUAUGUGCAUAUAUAUAUAUGUGUGUAUAUAUAUCUCUGUGUAUAUAUAUAUGUAUAUAUAUAUCAAUAUAUAUUGCUUAAAGAUUUCUGGCUCUCUCCUUAUAACUGCACUUUCUCAGAAAAGAGCAUUUUUUAGCAGUCUAUGGAUGUUCCGUUUCUUCUUCAGGUCUUUGAGAGUUGAACAGUAGAAAACCCAUCUCACUGUCUCUCUCCCCCACUCCCUCUCUUUCCCUCCCUUCUCUGAGACACUGUAAAUGCAUUUCAGUAGAGACCAGGGAACAGUGUGUGGGUCCUUGUUGCCAUCAGCAAAAUACUCCAUUUGUUUCUGAUGAUCUUGUUCCCUCUGUAUCCUCCCCACACCUCUUGUGUUUCUCAAGGCUCUCCUGUGCCAGUGGGUUAAAUGUGUGAUGAUCACAGUUGGAAAGCUGUAGGAAUUCUUCCAGGGUCGAGUGUGGAAGCAGGCAGAGUGGUUGUGCUGGUGAGGAUGGCUGGUUUCUGCAGGCUUGCCAGGCACAUGUGCCAGGGGUGUUUGGCCGCAGCUGGCAGGGAGAAUGGGCACUGGUUCCUGUCCGGCACAGAAGCAAGCACCAGAAAUUUUCUGCCUAACAAGCCAGGUUUAGUGCUUUGACUGGCAGCGGUUCAAUUGCUAGAGGUCAGGAGCAGCACCAUUCCAGCCAUGUGCACUUCAAGAGCAAAUGCAGCCCUCAGAAGGAGGUACCCGUAUCCCCUCCUGCAGAUGUCCGUCUCAGCGUCAAUCCUGUUCACGGCCAGCAACGGGAUGUUACUCAACAAACUGUGCUGCUUGUCAUGUGUUAUUCACCACAUGCCAGCAGGGAGCUGUGGAAAAGACUGGUCCUGCACUGACUGGAGUGGAGGUCCUGCAGCCCACAGCCCCCUAGGGCGUGGGAGCUUGGGGAAGGGGAAGAGGUCAGUCUUGCGGAGUGCAGCAGGCCCUCCUUGCUGGGUAAAGCAUGAGCACAGCAGCAGCGUCCCAAGAGUGCCCAGGAACCAAGUGUAAGCAAGUGGUCAAAGGCAUAGGGCCAGCAAAACCUGGGGCAGGUAAGCGUCAGGGGGGUUCAGGUCAGAGGGGCCUGGCUCAGGAAUGAGCUUGGGCUGCCAGGGUGAGUGAGCCACAGAGAGUGAUGGAAAAAUGAAUUGCUCCAGCAAACCUAUUUCGGCCAUAGCUGAGAACAAACCAGCUAGAGUAUUUGAGAUAUAUUAUUCAUUUUCUAAAAGAAGAAGGAGAUUAUAUGGGAAGUGAUAGUGCUGGUAACAAAAAGCACUUUGAUUCUGACUUAUUUAGCAUCCUGCAGGUUCCAGGGCUUCCCCUCUCUUAAAUUUCAGACUGCUGCGGGAGAUGAUGUCAAGCACACACAGAUUAUUUUUGUUGAUCUUCAUGCAGUUUCAGCAAGGUGGUACCUUCAUGCUUGCAGGGCUUCAUCGCACCCACACAUCUGGCUGUGGCAUUUUUGUUUUGCCAGAAGAGCUGUAAAGUCUGUGUGAGUACACAGGCAGGGGUUCACACCCAUUGCUUGGCUGCAGACGUCAUACAGGUGUUUAUUGGUGAGGAUGCAAAUUUUACCAGCAAAAAAGGUAGCAAUACUUGUCCAGAGUGAUCCAUAAGCAUGAGCUUGCUUUAGGGAGGGGGAAAAGCCCUCCCAGCAAUACAUCUCCCAGUCUUUGGAGAACAGGGCUUAGAUGUGGCAGCUUGGCAUCAUCUCUGCUGAGUUUUUAUGCAUGAGAGGCAUGCUAUUUCUUACAGUGAACAUGCAGUGUUGGUAACGCAGAGUGAGGCUUGUAAAGUAGAGGGUCUGACCUGGAAAUGCUGGGCUCGCUGAGAAAACCCAGUGCUUUUUGGGAUCAGGCUCUAGAACCAAUUCAGGUUUUAAGUCAUUCAUUCACUCACACUCGAGUUCAGGCAUGGUAGUUGUGCAGCCCUGCACUUACCUGCUCACAAAGCACAUUUUCACAUGGAAAUCAAUGUUUUGCACAAGAUCCACAGAUUUGGCUCCUCUUAGUUAUUCGUUGGUUUGUUUAUAGCAUUUUUCUUUUCCUACUGAGCAUUUCCUGCAUCUUUCCCCACUGCUCUGGCAGCAAGCAAAUAAAACUGGGGAACAGAUAGGGCUCUUCCUCAGGAUUUCAGCUGAGUGUGCAGUUCGGGAUGGAUCAUCCCUCUUCCUCAGUACCAGGCUGCAACUAAAACCUUGUCCUUCCCACCAGUCCACGUAAUUCCCCAUCUCUUUUUAAUACCACAAAUAUUUGGGCUAUAAAAUACAUACGACAGAGUAAAGAACAGGCGCUGGGGCGUAGGGUGGGGUGUAUGUGAAUGUGUGUGCGUGCGCACACACGUGUGUUCCCAGACUGACGUUCAGGUUGCACAGAAUUGCACGAUGAUUAAUAACUAUAGAAGAAUUAGACCAAAUGAAAUGCGCUGGAAUGGGCUUGAUUUAUGUGGCCUUUAUUCUAUGAAUCUAUGAUUCUGUGAAAUGGUUAUUACUCUCCAGUGCUACAGAAAUAAAGGUCUUAAACUUUAGUAAUCACAGGCAGGCCAAACCUGCUAGGAAACACAAUUUAGUAUGCAGCCGAAGGAGAAGAGGUGCCCAGGCGUGUGUGUGCACACUCGUGUGUGUGUGUGUUCAUAUGCACUUUCUGCUGUGUUACUGCAGGGAUCUCGUUUUGGUCUAACCUCCUGCUGCAGCUGUUUUACGGGUGGCUCGAUGCAGGAGCUGGGGGCUGUGCUUCGAGGCUUUUUGCUAUUAAGGCUGGCUGGCAGGCUCUAGGUGGAAGAGCCUCUGCUGUAGAGGAGCAAUGGUGGGGAGCCGCUCUCCCCUCCCUGGCAGGGGUUAGCCUAAAUGCUGGAUGCUGCACAGCAUCCGUUACUGCUGCUCAAAGGUCGUCCCCUCCUCUCCCUCCUUGCCUCGCUGCUUUUCUCUGGACCACCAACACCCCACGGCGAGAACUGCAGCCCACCAAAGAGCCACGCUUUGGGCACCUUGUCCCACCACCAUCAUGCAGCUGCAGGGCCACUGCUGGGCACAUGACCCUGCCAGCACAAGCCCCUGCAUGGGGGCACCAAGCAGCGGUGUGGAAGACUCGUGGGCUGGUAGAGACAGGCGCCAGGGUAUUAAAAGUUCUGCUCCACGAUGGCCCUGUAGUUCACAUGCAGGCAGCGGGAGGUCAGGAGAAAGAACCAAACCUCCUGCUGCUGGGGGGUCCUCCCUGUACAGCAAGGUGAUGUGUUAAUUCUGGAAGACCUCUUACCCCCAAAACGUCAUGCACACGUACAUAAAAAAUGUCAUACACACAUACGUACAUAUACAUAGAUAGGUAGAUACAUGCACCUUUUUGGCCAGGUUGUUCUCCCCCAUCUGCAGGAUGCAGCAGCACCCAUUGUUAGAAGGGGUGGGAGAAAUCACUGCAGUGGGUGGGUAUCAAAACGGUACCUCAAACCAAACCGUCAGCUGGGCACAAGUAGGGAAACAGGGCGGGUGCUCAGCACCUUCCUCACUCCCAGGUCUUCCCCUGGAGCUGUGCAGGGGUGGUGGGCUGCAGCCCCCCGCUACUCAACUGCUGAAAUGAAGCAGUGAGGGGACAAAGGGAGACGGAUGCAAUGCAGUGGGGAAAAAUGAGACUGGAAUAAUAGAUUGUCUAAAAGGUAGCUGGGUUUUGAGGUCUAAAAAUAUUCAGCUCAAUUCUACUUUUUUUCAGUGAGAGAAGCCGUGCCUGUCCCUAAGACAUUUUUGGUCACUUGUCGGUAGCAAGCCGAAAUGAAACUCAGUUAACAGAGUACUUUAUUCUUUCUAAAAUAUCUGGGGAGUAAACUAGGCUUUGAGCUACUUUCCACACAUGACAAAGGGCAAAUACAAGUUCUGUUGAAACUAAUUUUAAAACUUACAUUGACUUCAGUAGGACUGAGACUCUACUAAAACACCUUUUCUUAAGAAAAAUGGGCACUUGUGUCAGUGAGGAUGAGAGAAAGCCAUUAAGCUGUAAUAGAUACACAUCCACUUACGUAGCUCACAAUGUUCAUCACCUCUGCAUAUGGCAAAUAGGUCUGCUCAUUCGGUGAUGGUCUUGCAUAGCCGACCUCUAAUUAUCAUGGUCUGUUUAGUAGUCUUGCUUAAGCUCUGCUUGGUGGGCUGAAGGAGCGUGGUAGGCAUCCGUACCCCUGCACAAGUGCACCACGGGAUGCAUGCCUUGCAGGUGGGUGAUGCAGCCUUCCCUGCUCCCUCCUGGCCGCCGGUGCUGCUGGCACCUGGGCUCAGCCCAGCUGGGCUCCGCUCAGCUCCCAUCCCAGCCACGUGUAUCCCACUGGCCCUGGCAGCCCAUGCCUGCUGACACCUCUCAUGGCCAGAAAUACCAGUUUUCCAAGGGCUUGGUUACAUGCCCCAAUGCCUCGAGACAGACACCUGAGCAUGACUCAAAGCAUUAGGGGGAGGCAAAGGGAGAACAUGUGAGUUUACAUUGACCCAUGGGGACCAAAUUAUUUUACUUUUUCCCUAAAUCAUCUGCACACACAAUGUAAAGGCUGCACAGCACUCUGGAGAAUGGCUUGGGGUUUUAAUUCUAGUUUUGUGAGUCCAUUUAUUCGUUUUAUUUGCAAAGUUUUGGGCUGAAGUGGAAAACAGGGUUGAUUUCUAUUGUCAAUGACCAUAUUGUACCCAAGACCUUCAGCCAUGUCUCACACUGCUCUCCUAGCCCCAGAAAGGUGGAGAAACCUUUCCAACUUCUUACCCUGCCCUGAAGCCCUUUCCACCAUUGCGAGUAUGCACGUGAACUUGACUUUCAGAGUACUUUAUGCAUAAGGCCCCAUGUAUAUCAUGGUACAAAAUAAUUGUCCAGUCUUAUGGAUAGUUUAUGCCCCAACGGGGUUUUGUAGAUUAAUAGUAAAAGAACAAAAAAGCACUUUUAAAUUAUUUAUAUUAUAAAAAGACAUUCUUUAUUUUUCUUGGCAUCGAUAUCACUUAGCUAAAAAAUCAGUUUAUAAGUAUGAUAUUACAGAUUUUAAACUAUAGCAAUGAUAACGCAAACACGAAAAAGCAGAAUUCAGAACUAAACAGACAAAACUUACCAACAUGAAGCAGAAGGAUGAUGGCAGGGCCCAGGUGGUUGGAUGGGAAUUGUUGGUCUUCAGCAGGGGGGGUCCCUUCCUGAUGUCCCUUCCUGACGUCCGUUUGUGCAUCUCCUCUGGCCAAGCCACCCUGGCCCGAGGGGCAGGUGCAGGGCAGUGGCGGGGGCUGGCCCCUUCCCUGCCUUUGCAGGACGUGAUCUGACCCAGGCGCUUUGGUUUAUACUAACAUACCCAUGUUAGAGGGGUGGGUGCUGUAAGGGCAGUAUUUUCCCAGCCAACAGAGGAUUUAGAGGGGGGUUUGGUGAUUUUGUGAUCUACUCGGGGCCUUGCUUAUGUUACAUUUUCGGACCUCAUACAAGCACUUAAUGACUUUGCUGAGGCUGAGUCAGUCUGUUGCACAUUGAUGUAGAUUAAGUGGCACCCACUGAAUUACCUCUACUUUCCAACGUGGUUCACUGUACAUAAGUGUAAUGUCAAAUUGUUUACAGGUUAUUUUGUGCGUAAUUGUGGAAAAAAACAAAAGUUUUAACUACAAAUUUAAAGGAAUUGAUUUUACUGGAAGGUGUUUAAAAAAAAUGAAUGUGCUUAAUACAGUAUAGACAUCAUUGAUUAUGGUCUCACAUGAAUGCAUGUAUCUCCGUGUUGUCAGUCUCCACCAGUGAGGUUAUUGGCAAUAUUCUGCAGUCUGUGAAUAGCAAAUAUGCAUAAACUACUGUGACUCUGACAAAUAUAACUCGGUAACUGUUUCUACUGUGGUAUGUAAAAAAAAAAAAAAAUCAUGUAGCUUUUAGCCUGCUGUAUUUCCCUGGUACAAAUAACACCAUGACAGAAAGAGAGACACCUUGGAAAAAACCACACAAGUCAUAGCUGUGACCGGUGUGGAGUCAUUCAUGCAAUGGCACCUGCCAGGUAGCUGUGGUCCAACUGCUAACAAAAUUGCCUAUUUAUAGAGGCUCGGAGGUGGUAAAUGGAAGUGUUGCUAUUGCCUUCUGUUCCAGCGUCACUGCUGGCAGAAGAGAUGACCUUUUGUUUAGGAUGAUGAUAAGUGAAGGGAGCCACUCCAUAUUAAUCAUUUACAUGUGCGGGUUAGGUGUUAUACAAUAUGCUGGUGAAAAGUACAGUUAUCAGUGUUGUGGCAUUGGGUGGCUGAAAACUGCAACUAAUUUGUGUCUUGCCAUUCAAAUAAAUCAGUGCAUAUACACUGUAAGAGCACAGACAAGAAUAAAUAAGUUGGUAUCCUUCAACUGUCAUAUAUAUAUACACACACACACAAAUACACGGAUAGAUACAUACAUGCUCUCUUGCCCACUGUGAUUUAGCAUCAGUUCAUGUUAACCAGUUCCCUGCAGGCUGGGGGUUGCUCUCCCUUGAAAGCAGUGGGUUUUUUUCUCCUCGCUGAUUUCUGGGUUGGGGUGAAAAUAAGAGUUCAGUGAUCGCAGGGUGAGAUUCUUCUGCCUCCCUGUCUUGAGCAGGGAUUUUCUGAUGCCGUGCUUUGGGAAUACUGUCACCAGCAGCAAUACUUUUGGAAAAGCCAUCAUUGCAUCAGGGCCACCUGCCAGAGUAUUUCCAAGAACACUUUGAAAUACUUUUAUCCUCUGUCAUUUUAAAGAUGCUUUGGCAAAGGAUGGCUUCAUUACAGCCAGUGGCUGAGUCACAAGUGGAGAAAGUGCAGGGCAUGGCAGGAGGAUAAGGAUGCAGAAGGAAAGGCAGGAUAUCUCUUCUGGAUGUGGAGAGGCAGCCAGCUGUGGCUUUUCUCAGUGCUGGUCCCCAUGCCAUCCAUCCCAGGCAGGUCCCAGAGUGCACAGCUGCUGCAAAGAUGGAAAGAGAGGAAGGCUCCCAGGGCUGGGAAGGAGCCAUUUGCCAUCCUCUUCCCCAGCAGUGCUGUUCUUGGAAUGACAGACUCAUAAUUUGGGUUUAUUGUUAUCUCUUCUUCCUUUCUGCACAGCUGUCUGGGGGGUAAUCAGGGCUCAGCACUGCUGUCAUCACUGCUCCGGGUGGCCUGGCUCUCAUUGCUUUUCCAGCCAUGUACACACACUAACGCAAUGCAAAUCCAGAAGCAUCACUGUAGGCAAGCUGGCUCUGAAAAAGCCAGAAAAGCAGGCAAUUACUCACCUGGGGGGCGGGGCUCAGUAUCCUGGGAUGAUUUUUUUUUAUUAUUAUUAUCUUUAAUCUGUGGUACUUGGCUAUUCUUCGGAGGAGGCCUCUUCUCCCAUGGCCCCUUCCUGGGAGAAGGUGAAAGAUCCCAUCUUUGCAGCUUCUCCCAUAUGGUGCUUCACCAUAACAGGGAUUUGGAUGUUACAGUAUCUGCACAAGCAUAUGGAAAGCAAAGCAUUUCUGGAAGUUAUGUCUUCUCAGAUGGCGAGGCGUGAUGCUCGCUGAGCGCCGUGCAGUAGUCACAGCUUGCUGCACCAGCUCGCUCCGCUGGCAGCCUGCUAAUGGCCGGCGCUUGAAGGACCAUGAGCCAGAUGAUAAUGUGAUUCCCACCCCAGCGGAUGAUGACUCUGCAGAAGAUGCCUGCCGUCUGUAUUGGUGACAGCAUGCCAACACCUGCAGAGCCCGCAGCCGGGGCCCUCCCCUCCCUAAACUGCCAUCACAGCUCUUGGGUGAGCUUCUCCCAAAUUUACCACCCCUUGUCUGGACCCAAGGAGAUGGGGUGAAGGUGCAGGCAUGAAAUGAGAAGACAGUUCUGCUGCUGUUUCUAAACAACCCUGGUGGUCUCUAACCCAGUUUACCUGCCUGCUUUCUGCCGGGUAGCAUUUGGAACCCAGAGUUCGUUGCUGGCUCAUUCUUGUCGGGUAGGCAGCAGCAUCGUCCUCUUCUGGGGCUGAUUCAGCUGGAGCUUGUAUGGGACACAGCGGCUUGGAGGGUGGAUGAUGAAGGUCAGCUCACAUGGUAGUGCAUUCAUCUUCAUACAAAUAAAACAACUAACGAUGCUGCUAUCACCAUUUUUUUUGUCAGAAAUGGUACAGAUUAUUUCUCCAGGUACACUUUUUUAUCCAAAUGGCAUAUAUAUAAAUUGCUGUAGGUUUUCAGUGCCGGUAACAUGAGCCAGUAGCUGAAAAUAGCUGGAUGGCAGGUGUCUCUGCAGCUGUUGCAUUUGUGUGUGGACAAGAUUUUUGUGACCAGUGGAUUUUUACUUUGCUGACUGAUUUAGUUUUUUUCUUAAAAGACAGUUCAGAAUGAACAAAAAAAUUGAAGGUUUUCUUUUUUUUUAAACAUGAAACUACCAAUAUGACUUGGUCUAACCUGAAAUGCAAGGAAUGUUUCACUUCAAACAGACAAGAAAUUAAUAAUGAUUUAUUACAGCCAUUUUUGCUCUUCUUUUGUUUGAAUUAGUUUGAAUUUUCAGUUUAAAACUGAAAAAUGAGAACUUGUGAAACAAAAGUUGAAAUCCUUCACUUUUAGAAUGGCAAUGUAUGCGUUUUUGCACAUUUAAGCAUGUCCCCCUUCCACACAUUUUUUUUUUCUCCCAUCCAGGACUGUUUCCCAGACUCACCUGCAUUCCUGAAUAUACUUAUUUCCAUGCACCUCGUGUUCCCCCAUCCUGGCUACCUGCUUUCGCCCCACGGCAGGGAUGCUGGUAGGCGGUGGGUGGGCUCGCUGAGAGCCCCCUGUGAGCACAGCUGCUGCUCACAAGCCUGAACACCUGUUAUUAAAGGACAACCCCCCCUCCUUCCAACAUCUGUACGCCUUUGUGAUACACUGGGGCUUUUUCAAAAUGGCACAUCUUGCUGAAAAUAUUUUAAGCAGCUCUACCUGUUUGCCUGUCUUGAUUUAAGACAUGCUUUGGGGCUUAAGUGGGGUUUGGGGGAUGCACACACCUGCACAGAGAGAUGGCUCUGGGGCCACAGGGCAUCUCGUCUGAGACCCCUGAGGACGAGUGUACUCAUUUGUCCCAGGAAGAAACUCCUUUAAGACCUCUGAGCUUUUGGGAGGUGUAGUUAGAAGUCCUAGGCUAUUGCCACUGCCUGGGCAGACAGAUAAAGAGAAAAUAAAAGGCAUCAGUUGAAGAUCAAAGUUUUGUUUGUAAAAAUUAUCUGCUUUCCUUUGGUGGCUCAAGAGACCACAUGCAGAGCCAUAGCUCUGCCCCUGUUCUUGCACUUCUUUUGUCUUUAUUUAAUUAUGAUAGUACUUAUGUCUUAGGCAAUGUAGUGGUAGUUCUAGAGAAGCUGUGCUCAGCGAACGUGCCCUGUCACAGAGGUGUCGUGACUGUAGGGGCUUGGGGAUGAGGUGUGAACAGACAAUCCCCUCCAGGGCACACAUGUGGGGCUGCUCAGCCAAGUGCCAGUUAGCAGCCUCUGCCCAGCGCCCUAGAUCUCAAGAAAAGCUGAACCAUUAUGGAACGUAUUAUUGUCCUCAUUCCCUUUCAUGUGGAAAGAAAAAACCCAGCUUGCUCUCCUUUACCAGCUGCUGAGGUGAAGACAAAUUGCAGCAGUUGGGAGAAAGAAGAAAUGUUCCGAGGCAUUGGUCCGACUCAGCCCAGGCUCUGGGUCCAGCUCCCCCCACUUCACCACUCUCUGGGGUUUGAUCUCACUCCCCAUCUCUCCAAAUCCUUCCAGUCUGAAAAGGAGGAGGACGCAUGGGAAGCAAAUGAGAUCUCUGGUGUGGUGGCAGGGUCUUCUCCCCGUCGGGGCACACUUCUAUCCUGAGCUAAACUCUGUAGCUUCCCAUGUUUUCUAGGGUAGAAAGCUGAAUUUUGCUAUUCCUAGCACCUCUGGGUACUGUCUUGUCUUCUUUUCAUGUCAGGGCAGUUGUGAAAGAGCAAUGGGUAUUCAGGUUAGAAUACCUGUAUGAUAAUUAGUGAGGAUUUAAUUACCUUCCCUAUGCAGCACUGUAUGAUGUGCAUGGAAAGUAGGAGUAAUUCUCUUUGGUACCAGGUAGUAUCAGAAAAUAAUUUUAAUUUGCCUUACAACUAUAUAAUUGAAGGAGAUUAUAUAUACAUAUAUAUAUAUAUAUAUAUAUAUAUCUUUUUCUUGCUGAUCGAGUUACAGUCGUUCUAGCUUGCAGUCAGGCUGAGCAGCACCUCAGGUCCAGACUUGCUCUGUGCCUGCAAGUCAUGCUGCUGCCAGCCACACAGGUAAGUCAUGGUGGGAAAAAAGGCAUGAACUCAUCACUUGUUCCAACCCUUGUCAGAGGAGAAGACACCCAAAAUGACAAGCUGUCCAAGCACUUAAUACACAGAGGAGGUCUGGGAUGGGAAAGCUGCUGGUUAGUACCUAUGCCACCCUUUCUGCUCACUGACCUUAGCCACUCCCACAAGACAUGAUGUCCAGACAGGGUAAGGUCUGACCAUGCAAGUCAUCCCUGAGCUUGAGAGGUGUGGGAAUACAUUAUUACUGUGCCCCAAAACCAGAGCAAACAAGGUCAGCAGCUUGCUCAAUGGUCCAGUGGAGAAGGAAGCUCCCUUCCAGACGGGCAGGACUCGGGUGGGACUGUGGCGUUUGGGAUGCAGGUCCGUGCACCCUCCAGCCUGCAGCAACAGCCUCUCCCCACUGCACUGAGGGCAGGGCAAAGGGGAAACCCACUGCAGGGGACUGAGACAAUGAGGUAGUCCCAUCUGAGAGCUGAGAGCAGCAGAUACUUAUUUCUUGCUUGACUGUUCUCUCCCAUUGCUGCCACUGGGUGCCGAGGAGCUGGUGCUGCCCUGUCCUCUGGCUGCAGCGACCACCCCUUGGGCUCCUGCUGUCGGAAUGUCCGUAGGGGUCAACUCUGUAAAUACAGCAGGUUAAAAACUGGCAAAGUAACAGCAGAUCUGUAUUUAAUGCAGAUGUUUCCCAUGUUUUGUAGUAUUGUUUUAUUGAUAAAUAAAAAUUGACCAAAGACAAAAAAGGCAUUUGGCUUUGUAUGUG